CCGGGGUUGCGCUAGAUGACCCUCCGGGGUCCCGAGAGCAGAAAAGCGCGUCUCAGGUUCUGGGAAGCGAAGGCGCUCUGUGCAUGCUCGAGAGGCCUCGGGACAAGCACCCUUUUUGCGAGGAAAGUGGGGGACCCCAUCCUCACCUCGGCUUGGCCGGGGGUUGGGCGGAAGGUCAGGGACGGCGUCGCCGGCCCUCUGCACAUGGCUCGGGGCCCUCUGGGCGGCUGGGCGGGGCUGGGGCGGCCCUCCUUCCUCCCCGGGACGGCCCAGCUCCCUCCCCGCACCCACCGCCGGCCGGCUUCCCAGCAGCUGCAGCAGCGACGGCGCCCUGCUCGCCCCCCGCUGGUCCCUGCAGGUCCCUCCGCCCCAGCACCCCAGCAGGACGGCCCCAUGCUGACCUUGGAGAGACCCCACCCCGGGGGCGAGAGCCUGGACGAUUCGGACCUGGAAGCGGACGACGAGAGAGAUGGUCUCCGCCGGGACGAGGCGCCAGGUGACCUCAGCCCCUUCCUGGCCGUUUACCAGCAGACGCCCCUCCGAUCUCAGGGACCCCUUUUUCUUAGGGGGGUCCCCGUCACUGUGCGGGUGGAGAGCGCCGAGAGAUAUGCCAGCGGCUCCAAGGUGCGGCCAAACACGGUGUACUCCUUGCGCCUCACGCACGGCGAGUUCACCUGGACGAUGAAGAAGAAAUUCAAGCACUUCCAGGAGUUACACAGAGAUCUCAUGAGGCACCGCAUCUUGAUGAGUUUCCUGCCUCUGACACGGUUUGCCGCACUGGGUUCUCGGUCCGACGGAACAGUCCUGGGGCUGCCCUCUUUGCCCCACGGAGGGGAGGUGUCCCGGCGACCGUCCAGCAAACAGAAGCAGCUGGAGAAUUACCUCAACACUUUGCUGGAUAUGAGCGUCUACCGCGACUACCAUGCCAUGGCAGAGUUCCUGGAUGUGAGCCCGCUCUCCUUCAUCCGGGACCUGGGACCGAAAGGCCUGGAGGGCAUGAUCCUGAAACGGUCUGGAGGCCACCGCUUGCAGGGCCUCAACUGUGCCGGGCGCCAUCAGUUCUGCUACCGCUGGUCGAAGAGGUGGCUGGUGGUGAAGGACUCCUUCCUCCUCUACCUGAAGCCCGAGUCGGGCGCCAUCUCCUUCGUGCUUCUCUUCGACACCGGCUUCAACAUCCAGGUGGGAAAGAAGCCCACCGAGACCAAGCACGGCGUCCGCAUCGACAACACCUGCAGGUCUCUCAUCCUGAAGUGCAGCAGUUACCGGCAGGCCUGCUGGUGGUGUCAGGAGAUCACCGAACUGGCCGAGGGAAAGGGCAGAGACUUCCUGCGGCUGCAUCGCCACGAGGGCUUUGUGCCCCUUCGCAAGGAGACCCCCGCCCGCUGGUUUGUAAACGGUGCUGGAUAUUUUGCGGCGGUGGCUGAGGCCGUGGCGCAGGCGAAAGAGGAGAUCUUCAUCACGGACUGGUGGCUCAGCCCGGAGAUCUACAUGAAGCGCCCGGCCCAGUCGGACGAGUGGAGGCUGGACCUGCUCUUGAAACACAAAGCGGAGCAGGGGGUGCGCAUCUGUGUGCUGCUCUUCAAGGAGGUGGGGUUGGCCUUGGGCAUCAACAGUGACUACAGCAAGCGGGCCCUCAUGCUGCUGCACCCCAACAUCAAGGUGAUGCGCCACCCCGACCACGUCUCCUCCAUCGUCUUCCUGUGGGCCCACCAUGAGAAGCUGGUGGUGGUGGACCAGUCCGUGGCCUUCCUGGGCGGCCUGGAUCUGGCCUAUGGGCGCUGGGACACCCACGAAUAUCGCCUGGCGGACCUGGAGGAGGAUGACUGCCGGGGCCCCAAGGGCGGAGGGGCUGCCCUUCCAGGGGGGGACGAAGCCCCCGUUGACCUGGCCACCAACCAGCGCCUCUGGCUGGGCAAGGACUACAGCAACCUCAUUGCCAAGGACUGGGUGCAGCUGGACAGGCCCUUCGAAGAUUUCAUUGACAGGUGCCAGACUCCGCGGAUGCCGUGGAGGGACGUUGGGGUGGCCGUUCACGGCCUGGCCGCGCAGGAUGUUGCCCGGCACUUCAUCCAGCGAUGGAACUUCACCAAGACCAUGAAGCCCAAGUACAAAGGGCAGGACUACCCCUACCUGCUCCCCAAGUCUCCUCGAGCGACACCCCUGCAGGUCCCGUUCGUCGUGCCCGGGGCUCAGACCGCCAACGUUCAGGUGUUGCGCUCUGUGGACCGCUGGUCGGCCGGCCUCCACGAACACUCGAUCUACAACGCCUACCUGAGCGUCAUCAAGGAGAGUCAGCAUUACCUGUACAUUGAGAACCAGUUCUUCAUAAGCUGCGCAGACGGGCGUUCGGUGAUCAACACUGUGGGAGACGCCAUUGUUGACCGAGUGCUGCUUGCCCACAGUGAGAAGAAGCCCUUCCGGGUCUUUGUCCUGCUCCCGCUGCUGCCUGGGUUUGAGGGAGACAUCGCCCAGGGCGGAGGGAACUCCAUCCAGGCCAUUCUGCACUUUACCUACAGGACCCUCUGCCGUGGGGAGGCAUCCAUCGUCAGCCGGCUCAAGGCAGUCAUGGGGGAUUGCUGGAAGAGCUACAUCUCCUUCUGCGGGCUGAGGACCCACGGGGAGCUGCAGGGGAAACUCCUGACGGAGCUGGUCUACAUCCACAGCAAGCUGCUCAUUGCGGACGACCGGCGCGUCAUCAUCGGCUCCGCCAACAUCAACGACCGGAGUCUUCUGGGGAAGAGGGACAGUGAGCUGGCCGUCCUGGUCGAGGACACGGAUCUGGUGCCGUCCGUCAUGGGCGGGCAGGAGUACCAGGCGGGGAAGUUUGCCCUGAGCCUGCGCCUCGACUGCUUCAGGUGCGUUUUGGGGGUGGACUCUGACCUGGACAUUCAAGACCCUCUCAGCGACCGUUUCUUCUGGGAUGUCUGGGAAGCCACAGCUUCGUCCAACACCAGCAUCUACGACAAGGUCUUCUCCUGCCUCCCCACCGACGCUGUGAAGUCCCGGAAGGACCUGCACAAUCACAUCAGCAAGACGAGCCUGGCUUCGGAGAGCCCCAUCCUGGCACGGGACCACCUGCAGAAGGUGCAGGGCCACCUGGUCCACUUUCCUCUGGAGUUCCUGGCCGAGGAGUAUCUCCUGCCCCCUCUCAACAGCAAGGAGGGCAUGAUCCCCGUGGAGGUGUGGACUUGACGCAGCAGGCGGGGGGAGCCCCGAGGGGAAAAAAAAGAGGAGACACACAGAGAAGAGAGCAUUUGCACUCUGUGCGCGACCCGUGAGCCUCUCUCCCCCUUAGGACUGAUAGGGUGCAUUUGCAGGUCCGGCUUUUCUGGACAAGGAAUGACUCUUGUCUUCGGCCAGAUGUGGGUGAUGAGACA